AUGACAACUCUAACCAACGACGACGAAGUCGAUCCAAAUUGGUGGAAAGUUUGGCGAAAUCGUCGAUAUGUCGUCUCAAUUAUGGCAUUUUUCGGGAUGCUCAACAUGUAUUCGUGUCGCGUAAAUUUAAGUGUCGCCAUUGUCGCGAUGACUCAAAAUUCAACCGAACCUUCGGAAACGACUUUCGAAUGGACCUCCGGCGAAAAAGGAUUAAUUUUGAGUGCAUUUUAUUACGGUUACAUGCCGCUUCAGGUGUUUGUCGGCGUCAUUUUGCGCAGAAUUAGCGCGCAUCACGUGUUCGGGAUCGGAAUUGUCGUGCCCGGAGUCAUCACAAUUUUGACGCCCUUCUUCGCGCAUAAUUUAGCGAUUUUAGUGGCAUCUCGUAUCGUCAUGGGAUUGUUUCAGUGUGUCGCUGUGCCAUGUCUCAUGAUGUUCUGGACUGUUUGGGCGCCGCCAUUGGAAAGAUCGCGACUUCAUGCAAUCUCCGUGAGUGGCGGUUUUGUCGGAACAGUUUUCGCAUUGCCUCUUUCCGGAGUUUUGGGCGAGAAUUUUGGAUGGGAAAGCAUUUUUUACGUCAUUGGAGGCAUUUGUGUGGCUUGGUACGGCUUGUGGUUGAUCCUAAUUCGGGCAAAUCCAGAAAAAGAUCGAUUUGCAACGGAAUUUGAGAGAAAUUACAUCAAAAGAACGAUCGGGAAACAAUGCGAUGCGGCAUUAGAAGCUAAAAAAUCAAUUCCAUGGAAGGAAAUUUUCACUUCAGUCCCCGUUUAUGGCCUAAUUUUGGCGAAUUUCGGAUGGGGAUGGGGUUAUGUGACGAUGUUAACGCAACUUCCGCAAUUCCUGUCAGACAUGAUGAACUUUGAUUUGGGCAAAAAUGGAUUUUUAUCGGCAUUGCCGUAUCUCACGAUGGCUUUGAUGUCACUUUUGGCAGGAUAUCUCGCGGAUUUCUUCUUGAUACGAAAGAUUUUAACCCUCAACCAAGUCCGCAAGUAUUACAUUACCUUCUCGAUGAUCAUUCAAGCGGGAUUUAUAAUCACCGCGGCUUACGUUUUGAAUCCUUAUGCGAACAUAAUUUGCAUUUCUCUCACAAUUGGCUUUGGAGCUAUGACUUAUUCGGGUUUGGGGAUCAAUUAUAUCGACAUAGCGCCCGCUUUUGCAGCAGUUGUAGCGGGAAUAGGUAAUACUUUGGGUACUGUGCCGGGAAUUGUGUCGCCUUUACUGACAGGAGCGAUUGUUACAAGUGAUAAAUCGGAUUUUGAAGCACUUCAGAAUGAAUGGAGGAUCGUAUUUUUCAUCACAGCAGCAGCUUAUUUGGGAGGCGCAGUAAUUUAUUGGUUUUUUGGAACUGCAGAAACGCAAGAUUGGGGCGCUUUUGAAAAGUGUGAGACGAAAAAUGAAGAAAAAUCCGAUAAAAAAGUUUGAGUUGU